AUGAAUUCUGCCCACUUCCUCUCCUCUUCAAGCCUUUCUCUCCUCCUCUUCUUCACCCUCGCCACCUCCCUACACGCAACCAGCAACUUCUCAUCCAUAGAAAGCCUCAUUCAAAGCCUUGCGUUCCUCCAUCUCCCACACCACCACUCCAACCACCCUUACCACCUCCACCUCCCUUCCAACCUCUCCUCCAUCACCGCCAUUGCCCUCCGUCUCCGCGGCGCCGACUUAUGGCUCCGCCGCACGAACCUCGGAUACUUCCACCUGCCGCCGGGCAUUGUCACCUCUCCCCAUGUAAGGCGAACGGUCCUCGUCUUUUAUGACCUCGGCAACCUAUCUUCAUCCUUCUUCUCCGUUCCCGGCCACAUUCUUGUUGCCCCGGUUAUCUCAUGCCUUGCCUACGAUGCGUCGAAUGUGAGCAUGCUCGGUAGCAUUAGAGAGGUUAGUCUACGGCCCAUGCGUGAUCCGAUAACGAUUGUGUUUCCGUCGGUGGAUGAGUUGUCGGGGCCGGCGGCGCGAUGUAUGAGGUUCAGGUCGAGAGGGUUGGCGCAGGUCGGCGGGGCGGCGGGGAAAGGGAUGAGGUGUGUGGUGAGUGGGACGGGGCGUUUCUCGGUGGCGGUGGCGGUGGAGGAGGGGAAAGGGAAGGGGAAGGGGAAGGGGAAGGGUAGGAUGUGGUGGGUGUGGAUGUGGAUGGGAAUUGUGUGUUGGUCAGUGGGGAUGGUGGGGUUGGGCGUGGGUAGGGUGAGGAAGAGGAGGAUGGAGGAGAUGGAGAGGAGGGGAGAGGAAGGGGAGGUUUUGGAUAGUGUGUGGGUGGGAGGGAGUAAACUGCCGGCGGCACCGGCGACGAGGACGACGCCGGCGAUUGAGAGUGAUAGUGUGACAUCGGCCUCUGCCUUAUGA